AUGGAUGAUGGCGCUAAGCCAAUAGCUAACCUAUGUCUGCUGUUCCUUUUGCAGUUCUUCGUCGUUGCUACCCUGGUGGCCGUGGCUGCCGCCGCCCCCUCCACCCCCUACAGCCCCCGGCCGGCCUACCACCCGGCCCCGGCCUACCACCAGCCGUCCUACAAGGAGCCCGCUCAGCCGUACCAGUUCGACUACGCCGUCAACGACCACUACUCGGGCGCCGUCUUCUCGCAGAACGAGAACAGCGACGCCAAGAACGUCAACGGCUACUACUCGGUGAACCUGCCCGACGGCCGUGUGCAGACGGUCAAGUACGUGGCUGACCAGCAGGGCUACGGAGGCUACAACGCCGAGGUGACCUACGAGGGCGAGGCCCGCUACGACGAGUACAAGCCCAGCUACAAGCCCAGCUACAAGCCCGCUUCGUACGCCGCUCCGUCCUACCAGCCCGCUUACAAGCCCGCCUAUCAGCCCGCCUACCAGCCCGCCUACAAGCCCGCCUACAAGCCCACCUACAACUAAAUGUUGUUAUCUGUAAUUGAUACUGAUAUUUAUUCAGUGUGUUGCAUUCUAUUUGAUCUGUUCCUUUUGUAUUUGCCGUUAAACGGUGCAAUAUCAUGUCAAUUGUAAACAUGAAUACAUCGAACCUUCAUACA